GGAACCCAUGAGAGGCGGGGCUUUCGUUCUGAGCCAGUGUGUGUUGCCAGGCGCUUGGUCAGUGUGUGGGAAGUGCUGCAAUUUCAUAGCGUCACAGGGCUUUACGCUGCCGCUGCCGCCGAGUGCUGGAGGUGCUGCCGUGAGUGUACGCUAGCUAGUUGCUGAUCGGAGAGUAAAGCUACUUAGGGUCGGUAGCAAACCUGGACAGGACCCCGUGAACAACCGGCAGAGGUCAACUAUUGGCAAACUUUAUUGUAUAACGUUAUUGACCGAGGCCACAUCUUCUGUUUUUCACUGCUGUUGUGUCGCAAGAGCUUCCCACAUUUUAACAGCCUUGGCUGGGGUAAUACCCUCUAAGUGCAAUAGCUAAAUGAUCAUGGAGAGGAAGAGGAUGGACUGCCCAGCUCUGCCCCAGGGUUGGAAGAAAGAAGAAGUGAUCCGGAAGUCGGGGCUCAGUGCUGGCAAGAGCGAUGUCUACUACUACAGCCCCACGGGGAAGAAGUUCAGGAGCAAGCCCCAGCUGUCGCGGUACCUGGGGAACACGGUGGACCUGGGCUGCUUCGACUUCCGCACGGGGAAGAUGAUGCCCAGCAAACUGCAGAAGAACAAGCAGAGGCUCCGGAACGAGAACAUGAGCCUGUCCAAGGGAAAGCCGGACCUGAACACAGCACUGCCCAUCCGACAAACAGCCUCCAUCUUCAAACAGCCUGUCACCAAAGUGGUAAACCACCCCAGCAACAAGGUGAAGACGGACCUGCAGAGAGCGACAGAGCAGCCCAGACAGCUCUUCUGGGAAAAGAGGUUGAAAGGGUUGAGGUCGUCGGACGUGUCGCAGGAGAUCCUCCGGCCCAUGGAGCUUCCCCGGGGCUUACAGAGUGUGGGCCCCGACACGACGGACGAGACGCUGCUGUCCGCCAUCGCCAGCGCGCUGCACAUGAGUUCGGCGCCCAUCACGGGCCAGACGUCGACGGCGGCCGAGAAGAACCCAGCCAUCUGGCUCAACACGUCGCAACCGCUCUGCAAGGCCUUCAUCGUCACGGACGAGGACAUCCGGGAACAGGAGGAGAAGGUGCAGCAGGCGCGGAGGAGCUUGGAGGAGGCGCUGAUGGCGGACGGUUUGGCGCGGGCCGCUGAACUGACCAGAGACGCGGGCGCGGAGAGGACGGCCAGCGCGUGAGGGGCAGCGCCACCAGGAGCAGAAGAGUCCCUUUUUGCACCGGAUGCAGGUUCCAAAACGUUGAGGCGAACAGAUUUUGUCACCAGUCAGCUCUGAGAGCUGACCAGACCCAGGCACAAUUUAAUACCUUCUAAUAAAUAGCUUAAACCAAGGCCUUUUUGACUAUAAUAUUUUUUUUCAAUGUACAUAUCUAUAUAUAAUUUCAGAACAAUGCUUAUUUUGUUUCCGAAUUUUGAAUUUAAAUAUUCUUUUUUAUAAAGGCAAAUAUUGAGCAAUACUAUUUGAACUUCUGGAAACUUCUCAAGUCAGGUUGCAAUCUGCUGGAUUUGUAUUGCUAACUGUUUUUAUUUUUGUUUCUGGUUUUGUUGGUUGUAAGGGAUUUGUCAUUUUCAGGGUUUGUAACUGAUAAUUAAUGCAUUUUCUGAACAUAAAUGGAAAUCGCUUAUUUAAGAAAAAAAUUUUAUACCUUAAAAGAGAUACUUGUAAAUUCUUGCAUCACUUUAGAGUAAAUAAAUGAUUAUAUUCA